CCCUCACGGGGUACUGCACGUAGGCCCCGGAGGCUUCUGGGUAGCGGAUUACCCCCGCCCCCGUCGCCGGCGCCUUCCUUUCCCUGCCUGACGCCGCCGAGGUUGCACGCGCUAGGCCUCUUCGCCGCCGUCGAGAUGCGCUACGUUGCCUCCUAUCUCCUGGCCGCCCUCGGGGGCAAUUCGUCUCCCAGCGCCAAGGACAUCAAGAAGAUCUUGGACAGUGUGGGCAUCGAGGCGGAUGACGACCGGCUCAACAAGGUCAUCAGUGAGCUGAACGGCAAGAACAUCGAAGACGUCAUCGCCCAGGGUAUUGGCAAGCUGGCCAGCGUCCCGGCUGGCACACCUGUGGCCGUCUCCGCCGCCCCAGGGACGGCCGCUCCUGCUGCUGGUUCUGCCCCAGCUGCAGUGGAGGAGAAGAAGGACGAGAAGAAGGAGGAGUCGGAAGAGUCGGACGACGACAUGGGCUUCGGCUUGUUCGAUUAGAGUCUCGUUCCCCUGCAAAUAAAACCCUUUUUAUGUAUAAAA